AACGCCAGCAAAAAAUAAAGUCAGCUGCCAAAAUCGCAGUCAGCGAAGUACAAGUCGCGCAUGAGAAAUAUAUUUAAACGGGUUAAUCCAAUACACGGUCGCAAAUCGAACGCUCUUAAUUUUGUACAUUUUUUUUGUUUCGGUCACUUGCAAUUUGCUAAGCGUAAAAUACUGCAGCAAGUGAAUUUCUGAAUUUCGGAAUAUCUGUGUGGUGGAGUUUUGUUGUUGUCGUGAUUUGCAUAAUCUGCAAGUUAAUAAACAAUGCAAAGAAGUGGGCAAAACUCAUAAAUAAAGUGUACCGCUUAAGGUGUAAUUAAAAUUCAUUGAGAUUUUUUCGUGCGCACAGCAAGGAGAAAACAAGUUUGUUGCCUAAGUUAUUUGUUUUGAAUUUCAAAAAUUCGCAAAAACAUUUAAUAAUAAAUAUUAAAAAAAAAUCAAGCUAGAAAGCUUAAUUGAGUCCAGACCACGUCGACAAGAAGUUUCACAAAAGACUUUUAUGCUGACAACUGAGGAUAGCUAAGAUCAUAUAUCAAUCGAAAUGAUUUUGAGAACGCAACUCUGGCUGGGAGUGCUCCUGGCGGCGUUGCUUCUUAGCCCCAUAGUUUCUGGAGAGGAUGAGGACUAUGGCGGCGAAAUGAUUGGCUCUAGCCUGGGAGGCAACGAUGAGAUCUACGACCCUGCUCAACUGGAGGCCGAGGUGGAAAAAGAGAUGGAGCAGCAUCGCAAUAGCUUGGAGGAGGACCAAACGGAAAGUUCCCAAGUCAUGGAGAUGGAAAUGAGCACGAUGAGGCCCAUGGAAAGCAAGAUGAACACCAUGGCUCCGUAUUCCGGGGAAAACUCAUCUGUCGAAAUGGUGGACGAUGCUUCAACCCAGAAACGUGUGUCAAAGGUGGACAAACCCGCACGGGAUUAUUAUUACGAAGAUGCGCCGGAGGAUGAGUUGGUGGCCAGCACCACAGCCAAAGUGGCCACCACCAUGAUUCCGGAAUAUGUGCGUCAGGCCAAGGCAGAGAGAUUCCCGCAGCGCGAUCAGGAGCACACUGCAUCCGACUACAUCGACGAGGAGGCCACCAAGUCGACGGAUGAGCAGCCACCAGCUGAUCAGUUCUAUCGAGUUGAGCAACACGAACCCAUACCCCAAGCUCAAGUCCAGCAGCUGCCCAGUCGGGACAAACCCAAGCCGUUUGAGUACUCCUCCGAGGAUGAUUACUACGACGAGCAUGCUGAAGUUAAGACGACCACAACAACCACUACCACGCAGGCACCUUUGCCCAUACUGAGGGCUCGUUUCGGUGGCUUUCCUUGGGCCACCACCCAGGCACCCAGUCCUCCUGCUACCAGUUCAACAACCUCAACGACAACUACGUCGACCACAACAACGACCACCACAUCAACCACAACAACGCCCAGUCCCAGAAAACAGCCCAAGCACAUCCAAGUGACCGGUGGCCUAAAGCCGGAAUUGCUGCCCGCUGAUCAGUUGCGCAACUACAUCAAGGAUGUGUACAUUCGCAUGCCCUUGGCUGUUAUUGUGGAUCCUUCGUCCGCAUCCUUGGAGCAGGCCAAGCGUCUCUAUAUCGAUGCUUUGCAGGACAAGAACAUCGACAUCAAGAUCGUUUUGGUAACACUUAAUGCAGCCGGUGCGCCCUCUGCCUUCAGCUUCAACAACACCCGGGAGUUCAUCGCUGGCCUGAAUAGCACCAAGGAGCACGAGGGCGGCAACUCGUUUGUGGGCGUUUUGCAUGCCGCCGAGCUGGUUCCCUACGACAGUGCUGUUUUCAUAUCGACCGCAGUCAUCCCACCGCACACGGAACUGGUCCAAGAUGCGGCCAUCACUCUGCUGAAGAAGAGGAUCAGGUUAUUCCUUUUGUGGUACGGAGAGCGAUCGGGCAGCGAAAACGAAACGGAGGACGCAGUGGGCGGCAUUCUGGGUGAGGUGGCCAUCCGAUCUGGUGGCGAGAUCAUCCACAUUGUGAGCACCGAGCACGGACAGCAUAUAGCUGGCAAUACGCUCACCCUAGUAGCGGACGCGUAUCAGGGCAGUCAAGAGCUGGAUCUGCCGGUUGAUACGACGCUGUCCAGUCUCCAUGUGCGAAUCGAUGCGAAUAUGAGGCGGGCCACGAUGGAGACGCCGAAUGGUGGUUAGUGAUCCUCGAAAUGCGAGUUACCAAGCACCGACUCCGUUUGCUCUAUCGCACUUACUAACGCAGGGUUGUAUUUUAGUGUUUAGCGACUUAAAUGUGUAGGAGUCUGUGUGCCAAACCUACGUAGAUCCUAAGUCUAAUCCUCUUGAUAAUGGCACAAGCUUCCAAUAACUUCCCAGAUGUAUUGACAACUGUACUACUGUGUAAUUUAUGUCCUUAGCUCGUAAGAUCAUUGACUAACCAACAGACCAAUCGCUGCUCUCUAAUCCCAGGUCAGCUAUGCUGAUCCUUGUAUGUAUAUAGCCGAUGUCCCAACGCUUUCCUUAACCAAAACGCUAGUAUAAUAAUAAUGCUCAACAAAACCACACUUGACACUAAACUGUAGUACAAAGGAAAUUUCAAUAUAUAUGUUUACUGUUUUACAGUUAUAAAGUAAUAAAUGUUUUAGCUUUUUAAGGGUCCACAAAUAAAACGAAAACGAUGAAAAUCAAACCGAUUUAACACUAAACCGCACAAA